AUGGAAAGUGGAACCCUGAAGCCAAGAAUCCAGAUAACUGGAUUUAAGGACCAAGAAAAGAAGUCUUUGAUUGAACUGCUUCUCAAACUAGACUGUGUGUUCUUAGACAACAAGGAAUAUAGGGAAUGUACACACUUGAUAGCGAAGCAGCCUUGCAAAAGUGAAAAAUUCUUAUCAGCAUGUGCGGCAGGAAAGUGGGUACUAACCAAGGACUACAUAAUUAAUAGUGCUGAAAGUGGCAGAUGGCUUGAUGAAACAACUUACGAAUGGGGAUAUAAAAUAAAAAAAGGCUCCCAUUAUUCACCUCAAAUGCAAUCUGCACCUAAAAGAUGGCGCAAAGAACUGACACGCUGUGGUGCUGCAGGGGCCUUCCACAGAUGGAAAGUUGUCCUCAUUGUGAAAGGUGCUAAAGAAAGGGAUUCCUUUACAAGGGUUUUAGAGGCAGGAAAAGCUACAAUCUAUUCAACACUAAGUGCACCAACGAGUACUACCCAUAUAUUAACUAAUAAGAUGGCAUUAAGACAAGAGGCAGAAAUCUCUGGAACUCCAUGCUAUCCAGUUUGCUAUAUAGAGACUUAUCUCUUAGAGAAUGAAAUAAAAAAUUAUACAGAAAAAUGCCCAGAGAACUAUCUGAAAGUCGAAAAGGAAGCAAGAGAGACCGUGACUGACAUACACAUUGGCAAAAUGAGAUCUGCACUGAUAAAACAUAUAUAUUUGCAAAAGGCUACGUUAAGCAAAUAUACUCAAGUAGACCCGAUGAAUGAGUGCAGAGAAGAGGUGAAAAAUAUUUGUUCUUUGAGAAGAAUCAAUAAUGUACUCGAAGAAUUAUUAGACAACCACUUGUUUCCAAUAGCAGUCACAGAAUUCCGCUGUGGGAAAGAUCUCGUUCCUCCUGUUAAAUUUCUUCACUCUCUUCUAGAACAUAUAUUGCAGGGAAAUGCAGACCCUACCCUAUCUGUUCAGUUUUUUCACUUCAUGUACACUGUGCUUCAACAUGAUCCUCCUUGGAAAUCACCUUCCAUGUUAAAAUACUACCUGGAUGUUCUUCAGUGUCCUUAUUGCAUGAAGGGAACAUGGGCUCUGGUGGAGAUGCUCGUGAGGUCUUGCCUGUACUGCAGUAAUAUUUGUCAUUUAGUACUUGAUUCUGAAGCCAUAAAUGAAGACAGAACGUUUCACAAAAAAUUGCUAACGUUUAUCCUGAACCUGUUCCAAGCUGAAGUGCUGGCAUUAACAAGGAGUUUGUGUGAAGGGGUCGAUCCACUACAUUUGCAAGUAAUGCCACCAACAGUUCUUCUGAAAACCUUCUGGCUGGGGAAUGAAUCAGUGCUUUUCACCAAACAGAUACAUAGUCUUGUAGACUGGAUCAUAAAUUCCUAUAAAAUAAAGUACAAGACAAAUGAUACCUUCAAGCAUGAGGUAGCUGAACUAUUGAGUGGAAUUUUGGGAGCUGUGGUGGAAUAUUGGAUUAUUUCCGGAUUCAUAAUGGAUAGAAAUGUGCUACAUUCAGUAGCUAAUGACCUUGCAUCUUAUGUUGCCAUUUCAUGUGAUGAUUUUUCAACAGCGGAAUUAAAAAUGUUCAUUUCUUCCAUUCCAUCUCUGUGGCUUCAAAUGUUUGUUGCAGAAGCAGUCUUUAAAAAUGUAUCUUUCCAGAGCAACGAUACUAUGUCUGAUGAACCCCUCUCUCUCAAAAAAAUAGUUUGUUCCUAUCUACCUGCUUUACAAGCAGGAAUGCGCGAGGCAGGGAGGAUGCAGAGAGCAAAGAAAAUAGGGCAGCGGCCUUGCCCUGAGUCUCAAAGGGCAUUACUGAUGCUAAAUGGUGAUAAGCAGAACCAAGCCAAAGCGCUGCCUGAUGUACCCAUGCAAACCGCUGUUAAUUGUCUUCAUGUUCCAAAUAAAGUGAGAAACCAAGCCAAAGUUGAGAUGUCACAUAGGAAAGAAAAUUGUCAUCCUUCUGCGAAACAGAUAAACGUUUUAAAGGUUAAUUUAAAAGGAGAGACAGUCCUCCAUAUUGCUUGCAGAAGGAACAACGUGAAAAGAUUGAUUCAUCUUCUCUCUCUACCAGAAAUAGAUAUUAACGUUAAAGACUAUGCUGGCUGGACGCCUUUGCACGAAGCCUGUAACCAUGGUAGCACAGUGUGUGUCCGUGAAAUUUUGCAACAUUGUCCAGAGGUAGACCUUCUCAGUGAAGUGAAUGGGACGACUCCCUUGCACGAUGCACUGUUAAAUGGACAUGUAGAAAUCGCCAAGCUACUGCUUCAGUGUGGGGGGCCAAUAUUGUUGGAACAGAUAGAUUCUGAAGGAAAAUUCCCACUGGAUUACCUACAAUGUGUGAUGACAAAGCAAGAUCUUUUGCAUAGUGUUAGACCAGAAGAGACAGUAGAGGACUUUCAUGCACAAGUAAAAAACAAUUUGUGUAAUCAAGAGAUAGAAUUUUGGGCAAUCUUAUUUUGUAAAAUGUUGCUAAACUUUUGUUCUGUAUAUAACUUAUUUAUACCUUUUUCUGCUACUUUAAAAAAGUUAUCCACAAAUCCAUUUCUGGAGGCAGCCAGUUAUUGCAAGCUUAAUACUAGCUUUUACGCCCACUGGUUCAUAGAUCUUUAUUUUAGAGAGCUGGAAACCUUUCAGAAAAUUCCAGUCUGCCUUCAGAAAACCAUUGAGGAACUUAAACAAUGUCCCGGGGAACAGAAGGAAGCCUUUGCUGCAACACUGCAACAAAUUGCAAUGACAAUUCAGCUGUCUAGCCUCGAUUGGGCAGCCAAACUUCCAAAAUAG